CCUGCACAUUGCUGCUUCCUUCUCCACCCCUUUAUUACAGUGUGACGACCAGAGAGAGCCUUUCCUCUGCUAUUGUAACUCGCGUUUAACCGGGGGGCCAAGCGAAGCGCUGAUGUCUGUGGAGGUCCGUGGAAAACCGCAUAGUUCAACAGCGCUACUCAAGUGGCUUUCCGAAUCCGCCAGCAACGAGCCUCUAUUUGUUCUGUGAAGUGAUCGUUGGUAACACUGAAGUGCCAUCUCUCCCGGCCGGAUUCACAAGCAGAAUGAAAGAGUCGCUGAUAUCAGUAUCUAAAGUGACAGUUGCCCUGCCCGGUGCGUCUCUACAGAGAGCCUGUAAAUUCCUGGUGGUCUUCUGUGCCCUUCAUCUCAGCGUUGUCCUUAUCUACUACUUGUCUGGCGCCAAUUUUGACAUCCUUCAAUACUUCAGGCGAAACCAGCAGUCCCAGCUAGGAUAUGCACAAAAUUAUACUAUUAGCAACGGCAAAUUAACUGCUGAGAUCAGCACAAUAGCGAAGGAAGAACUAAAGAACUGUCCCAAGACGUCUCCCUUACUACUUGGUCCUCAAAAUAUUGUGUUUUCCAUUCACGUGGAUCUGGAAGAUAUAAGGAAAACUAACCCAGAUGUAACAGAAGGAGGGUGCUACAGACCAAAAAACUGUAAGGCAUUGCAGAAAGUGGCUAUAAUCAUACCUUUUAGAAAUCGUGAUGAUCACCUUAAAUACUGGCUACAUUAUAUGCAUCCAAUUCUACAGAGGCAGCAGCUUGAUUAUGGAGUAUAUGUUAUCAAUCAGGAUGGUGAAAAAACUUUCAAUCGGGCCAAACUGCUGAACAUUGGUUAUGUGGAAUCAUUGAAAGAAUAUGCCUACGAUUGUUUUGUAUUUAGUGAUGUUGAUCUUAUCCCGAUGGAUGAUCGGAACACCUACACGUGUUUUAGCCAACCAAGACAUCUCUCUGCAGCAAUGGAUAAAUUUGGGUUUGGCCUGCCAUACAAUCAGUAUUUUGGUGGCGUUUCUGCAUUGAGCAUGAAGCAAUUUCUCAAAAUCAAUGGAUUUCCAAAUAAUUAUUGGGGUUGGGGUGGAGAAGAUGAUGAUAUCUACAACCGAAUUGCAUCAAGAGAUAUGUAUAUAUCGCGUCCAGAUACUCUUACUGGAAGAUGCCGGAUGAUUCGUCAUAACAAAGAUAACAAAAAUGACCCAAAUCCACAAAGGUUUGACUUGCUUGCACACACAAGACAGACUAUGAAUUCCGAUGGGAUAAACUCGCUUUCUUAUAAGGUUGUCAGUACAAAAAAGUUUCCACUGUACACGUAUAUUACAGUAGAUAUUGGUUUACCGCCAAGUUAAUCCCUAUUAAUUUAUAAUAAAAUUAGCUUUAUAUUGUAGUACAAGGAUUUUAAGGAACAAAACUGCAGUGCAAGCAUAGCUGGAAGAGCCAAUGUAUUACUAAUAUGUUCUGUUUAAAUAACUCAAAAUACCUUUUCAAAAACAUGCAGUAUUUGCACAUACAAAUGGGUAUGUAUAUCAUCUUAUUUCCAAUGUGCCCACAGCACUUUUUGGCCUACUAUGCUUAGGUACUAAAUGUAAACUUUUACUAAGCUCCAUUGGGAAACCAAUACAGUGCAGUUACUGUUACUUGCCUUAGCAUACAGUUUUGUGAUACUGGCUUUACCAUGCCUUUAGCAUUUGAUUCAAAUGUGAUUUCUGUUAUUACCUUUUUAAAUGAGAAAGAAGAAUGUUUAUGCUUAGAAAUAUAUAUUAUUUAAAAAUGAUGCAUUAUUUGUCCAGAGGUGAAGGGACAUGUACAGUGGUGUGAAAAACUAUUUGCCCCCUUCCUGAUUUCUUAUUCUUUUGCAUGUUUGUCACACUUAAAUG